AUGAUUGUUGCAUUUCGAAAGUCUUGGACCCCGUCGCCCUCGUUGAUAAAAGAGUUUCCAACAAUAGGUUGCCACCCUGAAAAUACAAAAUGUAUAGGGGAGAGGGCGGAGAAAGAAGUGAACACACUCUCUUUCGACGGCGAAAGCGACCAAACAGGACAUGAAGAAGUAGAGUCCGCAGGGCGUCAGGUUCCACUCUUGGUUCUCGUUCAGCAUGUGUGGCUUCCGCUACACAGGAAUUGA